AUGUCAAAGUCUGAACAAGAGUGGCAGGCUAUUUUGUCUCCCGAACAGUUUCGGGUUCUCAGACAACUGGGUACUGAGGCUCCCAAUACCGGAGAAUACAAUAAGACUCCUCCAGGACCUGGAGUAUAUGAGUGUGUUGCAUGCCAGCAACCAUUGUACAAGGCUCUGACCAAAUUUGAUUCCAAUUGCGGAUGGCCAGCAUUCUACGACGCCAUUCCAGGUGCUUUGGUUAUCCAUGAGGAUCGGUCGUUUGGAAUGUUACGGACAGAAAUGAGAUGUUCCAAGUGCAACGGCCAUUUGGGCCAUAUUUUCAAAGGUGAAGGUUACAACACGCCUACGGACGAGAGACACUGUGUGAAUAGUGUUUGUUUAAAGUUGAGGCAGGAAUAA